CAUGUUUUCGUGGGAAAAACUGGUUUUCGCACGAAAACUUGUGUUUUCGUCUAUGUAAAAUCUGUCAAACGAAAACACAGUUUCGCUGAAAACUAUUUUAAAACUUACAUUCCACUCAUUAUAAUCGGUGCCUCCUCUAGUUUAAUCAAUUUUUUUGGAAGACAUAUUUUGCCGGCCCUAAAUUGUCACUUGAUAUUUGUUUACAUUGCAUAUACAAAUCAGUUGUCAGUUGAAUAUAUUAUUAUAAUAUUAAAAAAUGGAAAAACAAAAAUACAAAAAAAAGAAAUUUGUGGAGUCAUAGGGCAGAAGCCCUACUGAUUGAAUCGCGGCAAAAUAAAAUUAGUGCUCUUCGCGGGCCAAGGAAAAAUAACCACAUAGUGGAUGAAAUGACAAUGAAGUUGCAACAACAAGGUGUGUAUUUCACGGCGAGUGAAAUCAAAUCAAAAAUGCACAAUCUUUCACAGAUAUAUAGGAAGGAGAAGACAUCAGUCGGGUCAACUGACGGUUCUCCCUCGCAGUGGCCACUGUAUGAAAAAAUGAGAGCCGUACUGUUGCCGUACGUCAGCUACAACGCCGAGAGCUUAGUGGAGGAAAGCUUUCAAAGUUUUACUGACUCCGAACCACUUCAAAUUUCGGUGGAAACGGCUGCGCCUUAUACAUUUGUUGCUGCAUCUCCAUUGCCACCACUGGUUUCCCUACCUUCGCCCUCAGCGAUGCCGAUGUCGCCAACCGAUAGUUCUUCAUUAACAAUAUCGUCUCCCGAGCCGAGUGAUUCUGGAAAAAAAAAGGAAUCAUUUUCAGAGCCUGAUAUUAAAAAAAUGUGAAAGAAUUGAAAAACAGCUCGAGAAAGCAAAUCAGGAAUUCAAUGAAACCAGCAAAAAAUUAUAGACAUGACAGAAAAAUUGGUUGAAAACGACAAUAAAAAAAACCAACUGAUGGAAGAAUAUCUGAAAGACUCUAAAGAAACAGAUAAACGAUUGCUUGAGUUUCUAAAUAAAUAAAAAAAUAAAUUAAUGUAUUUUCUUUUUUGAAAAUGUUUAACGUUGACAAGAAUUAGUUCAGCCUAUUUAGUUAUAAUUAAAAUUAUUUUUAUAUGGAAAAUAAAAUUGAAUUUUGUUUUGUGUUUACAACUUUAUCUUUGAUUUAAUCUACAUAUAGGUAAUUGUGUAAAAUGUAGACAUUGUGAUGCAAUAUACACAUGUACUUACCAAAAUAUGUACAAAGUGCUGUCCGAAUCGUUUCUCCAUUAAUUGGGUCGUCAGAUGCAUAUGAAACAUCACACGGAUUUUGGCGUCUAGUCUCCAACUCUUCCAAAGCGCGUAACCAUUUAGCGUUUAG